CUAGUUUCAUUUUGUGACCCCCCUAGAUCUUACUUUGCCCAUGGGGCUGGUCUAAAUGUAUUGCGUGAUUACCUAGUGAAUUGUGUAAUACGUGGCAAGGAGCCUUAGGGUGUUACCAUAAUGCAACGUGUACUGUGCACUGGGGUUCAGAAACUAACUUGUCACACUUGUGGAACAGGAUGAAAAGUCUCUAGAUCAGACCAGAAAUUCAUUGCUAUUAUGGCUAGGCUGACACAUUAAAAUGUCUGUCUGUAGCUAGGGUAUUGGAAACUGCAGAGAGGAUCUGCUCUUUUUCAGGCCAGAAAAUUAGUCAGAGUAAUUACACUUGAAAUGUAUGCCUGUUUGCAGUCAUGCAUUUUGUGGUGCAGUACUCUACAGGGCAGUAAUAGAAUCCAGCUACCGUACACAUGCUGUGAGAAACGCCUUGGAAUUGAAGUGAUGUACAGGAUAUUUACACAUGAUGUGAGAAUUUGUUUAAUGUCAAACUUUGGAGUUAUGGCAGCACAUUGGAUGAGAAUGCUGGUGAUGCUUCUAGCAGCUCAGGCAUUGCUUAUGGUAAAUAGUUUUGAGGAUGAAGAUGUUCCUGCAGAAUGGAUUCUUCUUCAUGUCGUUCAAGGUCAGAUUGGAGCUGGAAAUUACAGUUACUUGAGACUAAAUCACGAGGGGAAGAUAGUGCUUCAGAUGCAGAGCUUAAAAGGUGAUGCAGAUUUGUAUGUAUCUGACAUGACUCUUCACCCCAGCUUUGAUGAGUAUGAGUUACAAUCUGUAACUUGUGGCCAAGAUGUUGUUCACAUACCAGCACACUUCCGUCGCCCAGUGGGAAUAGGAAUUUAUGGUCAUCCCUCUCAUCAGGAGAGUGAGUUUGAAAUGAAAGUAUAUUAUGAUCGAACAGUUGUACAAUAUCCAUUUGGUGAGGGUUCCUACAACCCAGAGGAGACGGAGGCAAGCCAGAAACAGUCGCAUUCAGCAGAAGAUGAAACUCAGGAUGAAGAAUCUGUUUUUUGGACUAUAUUUAUUGGAAUCUUGAAGCUAAUACUUGAAAUUCUUUUUUAAAAUAACCAACUGGACAUACACACUGGACUAGUGCACUUACAACCUGUGAAAUUGAACAUGAAUAAUUUGCUGUGAGCAUUGGUACUUUUUUUUGUAAAGUUUCCUGAAGAGGUAUUUGGGUUAACUUUUCUAUGCUGGAGAGGGGAAAAGAAAAGCCAUAUCUAGCUUUCUAUUGUAAAUCCUACUAUACAUAAAAUGAACAGCAAGCACAGUAUUCAUAGUUUUCUUUAUAGAUCAGGGUUGAACAAUGAAUGUACAAAGGGCACUUCAUAAAAAUUCUCCAUUACUUUGAAUAGGUGCUUAAGAAAAAUAUGGAUUUUGAUAAUUCAAUGUAUUUUCUAUUAAAAUUACUAUUUUAUAUGAAGAAAAGUUGUAAAAUCUGAGAAGCUGCAGUUCUAACAUCCCCUCCCAAUUUAAAAUAAAGAACUAAUUUUCCAAUCUG